GGAGGCGGCGGGGCCGGUCCCGCUCUCGGCGGGGAGCGCUGCCGGAGCGGCGCCGGAGGCAGGUACAGCCCGUUGAUGGGGGAGAGCAGGACAGGCUCCAAAACUGGUACCAAAUCCCCUCCGAAUAGCUACAGCAUCCAAGCACUGAGCCUCUGCAGCCCCUCCAUAACAGGGGUUUUGUCUUCCGACUGGGCAAGGCACCUCACACAGAGUGGCUUUCAGCAGUGAGAAAGAAACAAAAAGUCUGUUUGGAAACGCUCUGGGAAUAAAGGCAGCAGCAUGAACCUGAAGAAGUACUUCAUUCGGGCUCUGCACCGCCUGCAGAAGGGCCCUGGCUACACCUACAAGGAGUUGCUGGUCUGGUACUGCGACAACACCAACACCCACGGCCCGAAGCGCAUCAUCAAAGAGGGGCCGAAAAAGAAAUUAAUCUGGUUCUUCCUAACGUUGCUCUUCGCAUCUCUGGUCUUCUGGCAGUGGGGUAUCCUCAUCAACACCUACCUCUCCUAUAACGUCACGUCAUCUCUCUCCAUUGGCUUUAAGACCAUGAAGUUCCCGGCAGUCACGGUCUGCAAUGCCAACCCUUUCAAAUACUCAAAGGUGAAGCAUCUGCUGAAAGAACUGGACAGGCUCAUUGAAGCGGCGCUGGAGAGGAUCCUGCAGCCCACACAGGGGAACAGCAGCGAGAACAUCUCCCCACCACUCGACUUGGAGCUCUGGCACCAGAUACCCCUAGUCCUCAUCGAUGAGCACGACAAAGACAACCCCAUCAUCUUGGACAUCUUUGAGAGCAAAAAAAGCCCUGAAGGCAACCAAACCAUUGCUGGCAACCAAACCACUACAGGCAAUGAAACCACUGUGGGCAACCAAACCAUUGCGGGCAACCAAACCGCUGUGGGCAAUGAAACAGCUGUGGGCAACGAGACCACUGCGGGCAACCAAACGGCUCCUCCAUCUGCCCCGGCCAACGCGACGUCAGAAGAAAAGAAGUACAAGCUGGCAGUGAAGCUGUGCAGCCAUCAGGGCUCCGACAACUGCACCUACAGGAACUUCACCAGCGCGGCGCAGGCGGUGACCGAGUGGUACAUCCUGCAGUCCACCAGCAUCCUCUCCAAGGUCCCGCUGCAAGAGAGAAUCAGGAUGGGCUACCAGGCAGAAGACAUGAUCCUGGCGUGUCUCUAUGGGGCCGAACCCUGCAACUACAAGAAUUUCACUCAAAUCUAUCACCCAGACCACGGUAACUGCUACAUCUUUAACUGGGGCAUGGAUGAAGAGGCUUUGAAUUCUUCCAACCCUGGAGCCGAGUUUGGGCUGAAGUUAAUUCUGGACAUCAGCCAGCAGGACUACAUCCCCUACCUGUCAUCUGCUGCUGGGGCCAGGCUCAUGCUGCAUCAACAGAAGAGCUUCCCCUUCCUUAAGGAUCAGGGUAUCUAUGCAAUGGCCGGGACGGAAACCUCCAUCGGCGUGUUGGUGGAUGAACUGGAACGGAUGGGCUAUCCCUACAGCGACUGCACCAUGAACGGGUCUGAUGUCCCCGUGAAAAACCUCUACAGCCAAUAUAAUACUUCCUAUUCCAUACAGGCUUGCCUGCGCUCUUGUUUCCAAAAUCACAUGAUUGAAAUCUGUGGAUGCGGUCACUAUAUGUUUCCUUUACCUGAAGGGGUAAAUUAUUGCAAUAACGAAGAUAACCCAGGUUGGGCAUAUUGCUAUUCAUCGCUGAGAUCAAGUAUAAGACACAGGCAGAUUUGUAUUGACUCUUGUAAGGAAACAUGCAACGACACGCAGUAUAAGAUGACCAUCUCCAUGGCAGACUGGCCCUCGGAAGCUUCGGAGGACUGGAUUUUCCAUAUUCUGUCUUAUGAAAGGGAUAUGUCAACAAAUGUGACUCUGGACAGAAACGGGAUCAUCAAGCUGAACAUCUACUUCCAGGAGUACAACUACCGCACCAUCUCAGAGUCUGCCGCCACGACGAUCGUCUGGCUGCUGUCGAGCCUGGGAGGCCAGUUUGGGUUCUGGAUGGGGGGCUCAGUGCUGUGCCUCAUUGAGUUUGGGGAAAUCAUCAUCGACUCGCUGUGGAUCACCAUUAUUAACGUGAUCAGCUGGUGCAAAGGCCUGAAGCAGAAGCGGGCACAGGCACGGUACCCCGAUGCGCCCCCGACGGUGUCGGAGCUGGUGGAGGCUCACACCAACCUGGGCUUCCAGCACGAGGAUGGAGGGGGCCUCCCCAGGGAUGAGGCGCUGCCCCCCGAGCCCGGCACCCCCCCGCCCAACUACGACUCGCUGCGUGUCCAGCCCCUCGACAUCCUCGGUCCCGACAGCGACGCAGAAACCGAGUGAGCCCAAUGGCUGCCAUCACCGUGCUCAGUUUGGCACUUCCUGAGCCACUUUAUAGUGUCAAAAUUAGGAAGGAACAAAGAAUCCCUGGCUGUCCUCCCUCCCCGACUCUCCACUGUGAAGAAGCUCUGUCUAAUAAACCCUGUAAUAAACCUCAUGAAGUCAGGCUGUGGCUUUA